UCUGUACCAGUAAAUAACUAGCUAGAGUGUUUUCUUCGAGAAUUGAUGGUCUAGUAUAUAUUGCAUUUAAACGAUUUUCUUUGUGUUCCAUAUAUACACAGCCAUUGAUUCCAAUGUGUGAGAGAUGUGCGUCACAUUUGUGUACAAAGGUACUUUAUUAUUGUCGAGUUUGUAAUAGUCGAGUAGUGACCUUGCAGUGUUUGUAAACAGAUACACGUUGUUUACGAAUUACCGUGAUUGUAAUGAAAUUUUAACAUUUAAUUAAAAAGUGUUAUCAAUAUUUGACAAUAAUAAUUAAUAAUGGAAGUAGAGAAUAUGAAUAUUACUGACAACGAGAUGGAAAGCUGUCGUGGAGAUCGUAAAGAGGGGGGAAAGCGGGGACGUAAACCUGGUCGAAAAGCAGCCGACAAGGCGGAUAUGAGAGCUAAGCUUGAGCGAAGUCGACAGAGUGCAAGGGAGUGCCGUGCACGCAAAAAACUCAGAUACCAGUAUUUAGAAGAGCUUGUUGCUGAUCGAGAAAAAGCUGUUCUUGCAUUAAGAAAAGAGCUUGAUAUGUAUCGAUUAUGGGGACAAGAAUUGGAUGCUGGACGUAUUCCUGAAGAAUUGCAAGCAUUGUUUGAAGACUGUGGAAAUGUUAAAAAAGAGGCUAAUAAUAACUAGUAUAUAAAUUUAUUAUUCUAUUUUAAAGUCAUCAAUAAUAUAUUUGAUAUUGUAUUUUUAUCGAACCUAUUAUGCCUCGCCAUAUUUUAUGAAUCUUUGAUAAGUUUUCAAUAUUAUUCUAUUCUACAAUCCUUUAUAAGGAUCAGCUAAUAACUUCUAUCAUUCAUCAACGAUUUAUCAUUAUUAUGUGGUUAAUGUUUUAGAAAUAUUUAUGAUGUAAAUUAUUCUCUGGUCAUUUUUAUAAAUUGCUUUAGUUGAACGAAAAAACAGGAACUGUAAUUUACGUGAACUGGUUUAAAUCCAGACAUAUAUUUAAAGAGCAGAGAACUUGUCAAGUCGUAGACUAAGUUUGUUUUCGUCUUAAGAGUUUAACAAAUUGUAGACUAGGUUAAUGCUUAAUGAUGAGUAUCUUAUCAGUUUAGUAUGUUAUACACAUAAGUUUAUUAAAAAAGUUAUUGACAAUUAGAAAAACUUACUGACAGUUGAUAUCCUUGCUAAUAUCUUUGACAAUUUUCUCAGUUUCUUGUAAAGUUUUUUUUCAAGCUUUAAAGAGGAUUUCCUUGUCAGUUUUAUUUCGAGUAUUAGAAUUUAUCUAAACAGCAAGCAUUAAAAUUCCUUGCGGAUUUCUUGGCAUUAAAAACCAAUCCAGACAGCAUCAAUUUCUGAAGAAUAUCGUAGAAACUUUUAAAAGUCGAUUUUUUAUCAAGAUAUCUUUAAGCCGUCUUUGAAAUACUUGUUAAAAGCUUAUAUGAUAUAUGAAAGUUUAUUAUUCAAAAAUUAAUUCUUGUCUGGUGAUUGUUUAAGCAGUUUUUUUUGAUUUACUAUCAUACUUCUAUAUUUCUUGUAAAAAUAUCAUGUACUAGAGUUUAUGCUGGAUGAUGCAUAGACUGCGUCGUUGGAGUUGAUGGCCAUUGAAAAAGAUAUUAUCUUAUGAUUCAAUGACGUUCUAUGGACCAGAACACGAUUCUAAAGCCUUGUUUUAAAACAUUUUGAUGCAAAAAUAUCUGACAGUAUAUAUGUAAAUCCCUAGAGCUCACUGUCUUCAUUAUGCGACAGUAGCUUCUAGGUUUCAAUAAAAACAAAAACAUGUUAUUUUUUUAAUGUUAUUAAAAUUAUAAAUUAUCUAUCAAAUGAAAAAAUUAAAAGAUCAAGUUAAGAAUUAGUCAGGUAUGUUUAAAUAAGAACAAAGUACUCAUGUUAAAUUUAAUUUUAAAUAAAACUUAUUUUGUUUUAUUGCUUAUAAAGUUUAAAUAUAAUAAAUGUUUACCAACAUAUAUAUUUGUA